GCGGAACGACAUGAAACAAGGAAAAAGAAACGAAUCGCAUCGCAUCGCUGUUGAUGUUGAUGUGACAUCGAACAGAAAGGCACUCAACAAAAAAUCGGAUGAACAGAUCACACUUACAGCACGCGUCUUCUCGUGUCUAUUCCGUUGCAGUAAACUGCCAUCAAAAACGCUUUGAAUGAAAGCAAAAGUCAAUCCAGUAUCAAUUUUCUGUACAAGGUAAUGUGAUAAUGUGACAAGAGCACGAGUAUCUUUCUCGUGAUGAUUGAUUCAUGGUAUGUUUGCAAGUACGAUACUUGCUCGUACUCUAUGCAGUGAUGGCCGUUGCUUUCUUGUUCUUGCCAAAGAAUGGGUGCUUUUGCACAAAAAGUAGGACAACCGUUUGGUAAAAAUCGGCCAAGGCAUCCUCGACGCAAUCGAUGCAUCAAUCGCAAAGCCUUGACACGAAACGGACAACAAAAGCAAGAAGCUGACUGUUCAGAUACAACAACGACCUCGUCGAACCGAUCCAUCCAACAAGCGAUCGUAACAGCAAUCCGCAUCGAUUCGGCAGAAGAAUGGUAACCAAACGAACCGUGUACGCGGGGACCUGCUUCCGGGACAACGAACUGGUGUGCGGAGUGGUCCAGGAACAAGACUUUUGCGACGACGGAACGUGGGCUCCCCCGCACGUCGUUGCGGACAUGGGCCACCCGAACCGGAUCUGCGCGUACUACCCCGACCGGAUGGUGAUCGGCCGCUGCGACGGCGGGCCGGGCGGGAGCGGCGGCUGGUGUUCCAACCUGGCCUCGAGGUGCGGAGAUCCAGAAUCCUUCGUGGCCCGCGAUCCGACCUGCCGCGUCACGCACGACGAGCGGUCGGGGGUCCCGACCACCUACGGCAGGUGCGGGGAAACCCGCUGCGUGUGGUCUCCCGAGGAUUGCUCCGAAGGGGAAGACUAUACCCCCAACGACACCGGCUGCACGGCCGACAGGGUCGAGCUGGGGGCGUGCCUGGACGGCUUCGGGUACUGCACCGUCUCCCCGAAGACCUGCGCCAACGUGGACGGCAGCAACACGACGGAACCCUAUUACACCCACGAGGAGUUCCUCGACAAAUUCGAUACGAACUGCUACCUGGGAGACGUCCCGAAAGCGCCCCCGCCGGUGGCUCCGGCGGCGCCUCCCCCCGGCCCUGCUGCCCCGGCAACUCCGAGCAGCAACAGCAACAGCAACACCCAUGUGGCAGCCCUGCAACCGCCGCUUUCUCGGAACGCGGUGGUGGGCAUCGUCGUCGGAAUCGCCCUGGUGAUUGGAGUGGUGCUGGGAUACUGGGCAGCGAGGCACCGUCGGUUAAGAGCUUGCCGGGACCCGCCCCCGGACCCCUACGGCGGACGGGAAGGGGAGACGCCGAAGGAUCCCCCUCCCGCAACGAUUGCGGUGGGUGGCACGGAACACGGCGUCGACGAUUGCGAGGAUCUGUCCGUGUGCUAGCAACGCACGCAGGCACGCAAUGCGUACGCAAUACAAUACGUACGUACUGCAGGAAACGCAACUGUUUGGCGUGCAUCCAUUCCGGCACGGGAAGACAAAGGCAUCAACCUUGUUUGAUGGACAAUUGUGUUUGCAGCCAGGCCGUACCGAAAGAGAGAUAGUGUCCUGCCGGCCACCAUGAUUCUAGUUUCGGAAAAGAGGGAAUCCUUCUUGCAACCUGUAAGGAUCGGUAUUUCCCGCCGUGUUUCUACGGAUCCGAACUGCCCUAGAAGUGGCAGGGUGUUGCAAAGAAACUAACAUUCGAUAG